UGCGUUACGUGGUUGCGUAACCAAUUUGACAAUGAUGUUUCCCCAUACGAUUGUCUCGGACUAAGCUUCGGAACGCCCUGUAUAUAUCAUGAAUGUUGCUUGAAGGAACUCCAGUGAUAAACAAGAAUUACUAAAGAUGAGUAAAGUGGAGGUUUUUGUAUUGGUUUUGGUGCUGUCGUGUUUGAGGGUCGAGGCUGAUUAUGGAAGUGAUGGUUUCGAUUUCAGAGGCUUUAUGCCCAGCGCAGGGUACAGAACUGAAGACCAGCUGGCGGAGCCUUCAGCCAGAGUGGACAAGAGCAGGGAGGAGCCUGAGAGGACACAGAGGUUCGGCAUCUCUUCUUAUGGCAGCACUGGCGGAGGGGUCCAGGGUGGCUACGGAGGGUCAGCGCCCGGGCUCUAUGGACCUGUGAAGAUCGACUUGGGGGGUGUCCUCAUCGGCACCAUCCUUGGAUUUGGAGCUGUCAUCGUGUUGCCUAAGAUCAUACAUGCUUUGUCCUAUGGGUACGGCGGAGGGUACGGAAGAAGUUUGGAGGCAGAUACGAGCCAGAUCUCCAACAUGCUGACCAGGCUGGAUGAAACCCUGAACAAGUACAACAUAGACUCUUCCGCUUGCAUGCAGCGGUUAGCUUGCUCAUACGUGCAACUCGCGAACGAGAACGUGAUCACUGGGAAUGCUACGGACUUCGAUGCUCUUCUGUCUUCAUUAUCCAGCAAUUCAUUGAUUCGUCGCAUGUUGGACGGAACCUCGAUAUAUGAGGCGGUUUCUUCAGGAAAAUCCAUGGAUACCGACUGCCAGGCCAUUUAUCCCAAGUGCAAGUUGGACAAGAAGACAAUCGUAAAAAUGCUGACUCAGCUUGUACCUUCUUAAAAUAAAGUCUUAUUUCCUAAUUCGCUGUACAAAAUAAAACCUA